AAAAAACAAGAGAAAAAAGAAAUACAUGUCCACCGACAACAUGAUUCCUGCUCCCAAAGGCGCCCCCAUCCACUUUGGGCCGUUUGUGGUGACAUCACAGGUCUUCUACCAAACAGCCCUAACCAUCGCCCUCGUAAACCUCAAACCCAUCCUCCCCGGCCACGUCCUCGUCUCCCCGCGCCGCGUCGUCCCCCGCAUCCACGACCUCACCCCCGCCGAAACCUCCGACCUGUUCCAGACCGUGCGGCGCGUCGGCCGCAUGAUCGAGCGGGUGUACGAUGCGUCGAGCCUGAACGUUGCGGUGCAGGAUGGGGCGGAUGCGGGGCAGAGCGUGCCGCAUGUGCAUGCGCAUGUUAUUCCCCGGAGACGGCUGGAUUUGCCGACUACGGAUGCGGUGUAUGAGCUUUUGGAUGGGGAUGAGGGCGAUUUGAGGAGGGCGUUUGGGGUGUUGAGGGAUGAUGGGACGGAGGAGAGGAGGAGGUCCAGGUUUCCGGCUGUUGAUGAUGGGGAGAGGACGCCUAGGGAAAUGGAGGAGAUGGAGGAUGAGGCCGCGAGGUUGGCGAGGGAGAUGGAGGGGGAGCCUGUUGAUUAG